UCCAUAUACAACCAUGGUCAAGUUCAUCAAAGCUGGAAAGGUUGUCGUUAUCUUGCAGGGUCGCUUCGCCGGCAAGAAGGCCGUCGUUGUCCGCAACCACGAUGAGGGUACCAAGGACAGACCCUACGGCUAUGCCGUCGUUGCUGGUGUUGAGCGUUCCCCUUUGAAGGUUACCAAGGGCAUGGGCAAGAAGAAGGUUGCCAAGCGCUCCAAGGUCAAGCCUUUCGUCAAGAUUGUCAACUACAACCACAUGUUGCCCACCCGUUACGCUCUCGAGUUGGAGCAGAUCAAGGGUACCGUCUCUGCUGAUUCCUUCAAGGAGCCCUCCCAGCGCGAGGAGUCCAAGAAGGUCAUCAAGAAGCUCUUUGAGGAGCGUUAUCAGACCGGCAAGAACAAGUGGUUCUUCAGCAAGCUUAGAUUCUAAGCUACUUUCCCCCUAUUUUUUGCUGCUGUAGCUUUGAUGUGAAUAAAAUCAAAUCAAACAAUAUUCAACAAAAUUAAGAAACC